GCAGGCAGAGGCAGCGGCAGGAGCCGGCGCUGCUGCGGAGGAUGCGAACUUUGCGCUGGCUGCUGCUCCCGCUGGUUACAGGAAUCCAUCCAGAAUGCAAAAUAUUCCAGCAGGUGGUCAAAGAGGAGGCUCUCUGCUUGGAACACAACGAAUCUGCCUCACCUGAUCUUAAAGGAUGUGCCAGAGAUUGGGAUGGUUUAACCUGCUGGCCCAGAGCCACUUUUGGGGAAGUGGUUAAAGUUCCCUGCCCACGAUUUUUUGAAGAAUUUACCAGUACCCACGGUUUCCUUCAGAGGAACUGCUCACAGGAGGAAUAUUGGUCAGAGCCUUUCCCACCAUACACCAUUGCCUGUGGGUUUGAUGAAGGUUCCAGUAAAGGACCUGAGGAUCAGAAAUCCUAUUAUUCUGCAUUUUGGCGUAUCUACACCGCUGGCUAUGCAGCAUCCGUGACGUCUCUUGUUACAGCUCUAAUUGUCUUUGCUGCCUUCAGAAAAUUCCACUGCACACGGAAUUACAUCCACAUGCACCUGUUUGUCUCCUUCAUCUUGAGGGCAGUGGCUGUUUUCACCAAAGAUGCUGUUUUGUUUGCAGAUGAAACUAUGGACCACUGCCUCAUGUCAACGGUUGCUUGUAAGGCUGCUGUGGCCUUCUUCCAAUUCAGUAUUUUAGCCAAUUUCUUCUGGCUUCUCAUCGAAGGGAUCUACCUGCAGACCCUGCUGCUGCUGACCUUUGUUUCCAACAAGAAGUUCGUGUGGUGGUUCAUAUUUACUGGCUGGGGAGCUCCCACUGCUGUGAUGUUUGCUUGGGUCCUCACACGAAUCCAUCAACAGAACACUGGCUGUUGGGAUGAUGAUGAAAAUGGAGUGGUGUUAUGGAUCAUCAAAGGCCCCAUCCUGCUGACUGUAUUAAUUAACUUUAUUAUAUUCAUUAAUGUGAUCAGGAUUCUAGUCCAUAAAUUGAAAUCCCAAGAGGGAGGAGGGAGCCAUUCAAGCCACUUUGUGAGACUUGCAAAAUCCACGUUACUUCUGAUCCCCCUCUUUGGGGUGCACUACAUCGUGUUUGCGUUUUUCCCAGAGAGCACUGGUCUGGAAGCUCGGCUUUAUAUCGAGCUGGGCCUGGGCUCGUUUCAGGGUUUUGUUGUUGCUCUCCUAUAUUGCUUCUCAAAUGCAGAGGUUCAAACUGAGCUGAAGAAACAACUGUGCAAGUGGCAGCACCAGGAGUACCUGACCUUCACCCACAAGCACGGGGCUUUGUCCAGAGAAACCAGCCCCGUCAACUACGUCACCCAGCUAUCCCUGCUGGACAAAAUCAGCCCCAAAAGGAGAAGCUCUGUGCCCCAGGAUGGUGUCACCACUGUCUGAGAGGCCACAGAAGGACCAGCUGCUGUCCCACUGCAAUGUCCCACCUGAGGUGGCCACCUGGAUCCUUGGUGGCUUUCCAAAGGAGCCUCCUGCAAAUUCCUUAUCCUGAACAGCAGCUGCUCUCCUCACCUGGUACAGAUCUGCAUCACAACACUGGUUCUCUCUCUCCUGAAGCAUAAAACACCCUUGUUUUUUUGUGAAAAGACAGACUUUGAGUUAAAGUGAAUCAACAGGUUAGCAAACAAUAAAAACAACCCUUCAUUAGCUCCUUCCAGGCCCAACAUGUUUGUCAUAUCUUUGUUAGCAUUUCCCAAAAUUUCCAGUUUCCAAGCCCACGAUUCCUAACCAUCGUUUGAAAGGGUUAUUUGCUGGCCAAGCUUUGCCAUAA